AUGAUGGAAAUUAGAGAAAUGGCUAACCAAUCUACUCCAACAGAGUUCCUUCUCAUGCAGUUUUCAGAAACCCGUGAAUUUCAGAUCUUGCAUUCUGCAAUAUUUCUCUUCAUUUAUUUAACAGCCUUAGUGGGGAAUUCUCUCAUCAUCACAGCUGUGGCCCUAGACCACCACCUUCACAGCCCAAUGUACUUCUUUUUGAUCAACUUGUCAUUGUUUGAUGUGUGCUCCAUCUCCACUACUGUACCCAAAUCCAUCGCCAUUUCGUUGACAAGCAACAACAUUAUUUCUUUUGCCGGAUGUGUGACACAGGUCUUCUUAGUGAUCACAUUUGUUGGUGGUGAGCUUGCUUUGCUCACUGUUAUGGCUUAUGACCGUUUUGUAGCAAUCUGUCGUCCACUACAAUAUACCUUAAUCAUGAAUUGGAAUGCCUGUAUCCAACUGGCAGCUGCUUGCUGGAUAGGCAACCUGAUCCAUGCAGUACUGGAAACCAGUUUCACUUUCAUACUAAAUUUCUGUGGGACCAAUAUCAUUGGACAAUAUUUUUGUGACAUUCCGCAAUUGCAAAAGAUUUCUUGCAGUGAUACAAGAGUGAAUCAAAUUAUAAUUGUUGUUCUGGGUUUUUUCCUGGACUCUUUCUUUUUUACCUUCAUCUUUACUUCCUAUGGCUACAUAUUUUCUGCUGUGCUGAGGAUCCCCUCAGUCCAAGGCAGAUAUAAAGCUUUUUCUACCUGCACUCCUCACCUGACUGUCUUUUCUUUAUUCAUCACCACAGCUGUCUUUUCAUACAUGAGACCAAAAGCACUUUCUUCCCCCACUGUGGACUUGGUUUCUGCUGUAUUAUAUACAGUUUUGCCACCAGUUCUUAAUCCCAUUAUUUAUAGCCUCAGGAACAAGGACAUCCAACUGGCAGUCUGGAAAAUACCCAGAAAAUUAAAACAGCUUGUAGCAUGAUUAAUCAGUUCCAAAUU